UUUCUGAAUCUGCUCAGCUCUCACACAUCCAACCCAGCCAUGGCCGCCGCUAUUCCAAGUCGCAUUGACCCCACUUUUAGGUCUGUCUGCCUCGUCAAACCGCCGUUCACCUCAGCCAUUCGGUUUCGUCCCCAAACUCAACUCAUCUGGACCACCAAAGCCUGUGUCGAACCUCCCCCCCAGGCUCGUUGAACGUUCUUUGAACCGCAUUCCCAGGCCGGUAGGUCUAUUUGCCGCGAACUUUCGAGCCUUGGCAGUGAAAAGGGAAAGCGUGUGGCUCGUGUGAAUCACAUCGCGUUGCUUAUUUCACCUUCUCAGGCUUGAACCAGCUGCGACUAGGUUUGCUGUGAAUGAAUUCAAUCCGUUUAGUGACCAAUCUAUGGCUGGGAAACGAAUUCAAUUCGCCUAGCGACCAAUCGGUGGCUGGGGAUACGAAUUCAAUUCAUUUAGUGACCAAUAGUCGGUCGGUGGGCUUUCAACCAUCAGCCAGCAUCGGCGAUUUUGGGGGUCUUUCCCUCCCACCAGGCCCGUUCGCUCAGCCUCACCCACCGCGUGCUCCCUCCAACGCCCAUUCCACUUCCUCGAGUUUCUCUCCCCACGGUCAAUCUAGAUUCUCGCUACGCUCAUUCUAGAGGAAUUGUAUCAGAUUUGGUGGUAGCUCUCUGCACUAGUGGCUCUCCGCCUAAGCUAGCUCCACGGCUUCCUUGCUAUUCGCUCUGUUACGCUACCAGAGGCACGAGACACAUCGCGAAGUACUCGUCGGAAUAACGCAGAGCAAAGAACUGCUCGCUGCAAAGAACCGCUCGCGACGAAGAACUGCCCGCGGCGUCCGCCGUGGAGAGCUGCUGUCUGCCAUGCCUUGAUCGAACUCGAGGGACUCAAGGGAGGCUCCGAUCCAUCCAUCGAGCACCGCGUCAUCUCUUCGCUUCUUGUACGAUCUGCGAUGACGCCGACUCAGCCAUCACCCUUGUCACUGUCGUCGUUUCCAUCGCAACCGUCACCUGUGUCGCAGCAAUCCCCGUAACGAGCAUGGCGUCAGGCUUCACAUGCUGUCCUUGGAGUGACGUGGAAAGGAUAAUUCCGCCGCCGACGAUUCUAAACAAAAUCUCAUCGACAUUGAUGCCGUUGCACGCACGCACUCGUCGCUGCCAUCGCUACCGUCACGAGCGUCGCAACCAUCAUCGUGACGGGCAUGGCUUCCCAACCCGUGAUCGGAGAGGAUCUUUCCGCCGUUGACCAUUCCGCCGCUAAUGUUACGCAGUUUACAAUUGUUCCGCCGCUGACGAUCCUCUCAAGAAUCGUCAUGGUAAGUGGUUGGAACUAGCUGAAGGGGGGGCGAGUAGGCGUCCGCCGCAUAGUGUGUCACUUAUCCGUUUCCCGCUGUUUGAGGCAGCUCUCGUUUUGCUACUCUCUCUCUCUCUCUCUCUCUCUCUCUCUCUCUCUCUCUCUCUCUCUCUCUCUCUCUCUCUCUCUCUCUCUCUCUCUCUCUCUCUCUCUCUCUCUCGUGCCUUCAAUUUCUCUUUGCGUGAACAUAUGCCGGCAAGGGAAUAUGCAAGUGGUGAUAUCUGGCUGCUGCUGGCUCCUCAAUCCCGCGUGAACCAUCGACCCCACGGGGAGACACUGCUGACGAGCGCAGAAGUGUUGUUGACCCCGAUGAACACGUGCCCGCGUGCCUCUCUUGACUCCAGUAUCGGAGUUGCCUUGUGCGCUUGUGCCUGGUGGAGCCGUGGAGCCAAAUCCAACUCGGUGUGGUGUAGUGUGCGACUUGCCGAUGGACUGUGGGCCUUCCUGCGUUGUGCGACCUCUUUCGAUGUGCGACGGAAAGUGAUGGGAUACCAGCAGACGACUGUUGGACAAGGUUCGUUUCAUUCUAUGCUCGCCAAAUUACUGUCGCCAAAUAGCUUUCGCCAACCAAUUCCUUCCCCACCAGAUUUCUUCGCCCUCACGUAGUCGCUCAAAUUGUUUCCCCCAAAACCAAUCAGUCGCCAUCCUUCGCUGCAUGCCUGCCGAUCGAAUUCCUUCUUCCGCUCUCAUUCUCCUCGUUGUUGUCAUAUCCGAAAAACGUGACUCUUCGUUGCUGUGUUUCCUUCGUUCAGAUACGAGUGACUAAGUAACGAUUACCUGGCAGCAAGGAUCUAUGCAGUGGCGUGCUACCGUCAUGCCGCGUCGUCUAGUUUACUGUUUAUCUCAAUCUCCUCAUGGCGAGACAGUCGUGCAGGCGUUGUCGUGAGGCGGGAUGGUCGUUCGCGCAUCGUCGCACGGCGAGACGGUCGCGCGGGUGUCGUCGCACGGCGAGACAGUCCCACACACAACUGGAUGGUCGUCCGCGCGUCGUCGCACGGCGAGAUGGUCACGCGGGCGUCGUCGCACGGCGUGAUGGUCGUUCGCUCGCGCAUCGUCGCGUGGGGUGGAUGGUCGUCCGCGUCUCAUCGCACGGCGAAACGGUCGCGCGGGCGUCGUCGCAUGGCGAAGCGGUCGUCCGCGCGCCUUCGAUGCGUCCCUCCUCUUAGUCGACAAGUGCCCCUGGUGCUGCCGCUAUCAAGAAUCCUCGUCGUUGCAUUAUCUCCUUUCACUUGCUCCUCAGUUAUACACGCACCACAUUCGCAUGAUCAGCCCCGCCGAGGAUAACACCCUCCUUUUCCUCCUCAGCUGUUGCCACAUUUGCCUUUGCUGCCGCAUUCCCUUGCUGCUGCACUUGGUCCCAAUAAUUUCUCCCAUGUGGAUUGGAGUAGCUCUCUGCUGCUCGAUGCCCAUACUUGUUGCUGAAAUGGCAGUUACCUCCAAAGCCCCUUGGCUGUUGUUGUUCAGCUGCACUUAUCUUCCCCAUAUCAUUUUCUCCUUCUUUUCCUUCAUAGUUUUUGCUCCUCGGGUUCUCAUAGCAAUGGAUUGCCUUGUGCUCCUUUUUUCCACAAUAAUAGCAUGCUCCAAAUCUCCUUCGAAACGACGCUGCUGCAUUCACCAUACCCGGCCGCUCCUGUCCGCCCUCGUAUGCCUCUUCUUCCUUCUUUCCUUCAGCUCUCAUCACUUCAAUUGCUUGGAGCUUGUCCUCCAACUGCGUCAGAUUUGUGGGUGGGUGCAGGAUCAGCCCCCCCUUCUCCGACUGUCAUGACUUAGGCAGCCCAUUUCCAAUAUAUUCCAUCAUCCGCUCUUCAAUCUCCGCUUCUCCCAUUGCUGCUAGCUCAUCAUUGUAGCUCUUUUCUCUAUUCAUGUAUUCAAUAAUCCUCUCCUCCUCCCCCAUGCUGUGCAACAAGAGCCGCUUCUUAGAACUGAAGAAUUGUUGAAUAGAGAGAGA